CCUCUCUCUGCGUUAGCCGUGCGACGACAGCCCUCCUGCUAUCUCCCUGUCUCUCUGCCCUCUGUCUUAACGGCCGCCCCCUUCUCUGUCCAUCUGCAGCAUCCCUCGACUCCACUGUCAUCGCUUGACUCCGAGUCUCUCUCUCUCCUCAGCUUAUUCUCUUCACCAAGCGCCUUGUUGUCGUUCAUCUGCCCGCUGCUCGUCUGCGUUUCCUUCCGACGUCCGCUCCACGACCGAUGAAGGCCCUCUCCCUUUCCAUGCUGGUGUGCCUGCUCGGCAUCGCACUGGUCUGCGCUGAUGAUAUGAAGCCAGCUGCUCCUGCUGAUGCGCCGUCUGCGGUGGCACGGCGUUUGAGAGGCGGGAUAGCUGACGACGCCGACGAAGUGACAUCCGAUGGUACGCACACACGAUGGCUGUUUGCAGCUCGUGCACACACACGCUGCACAAGUACGUGCCUUUCCUGUGUGCCUGUGUGCCUGUAGGUGGUGUGUCUGAUGCUCUUGUGGCGGGGCCAGCGGCAGCAGACUGUGAGGACGCGGCUGAUGAGCCGACGGCUGCACCUCCAGGUGGGUGUGCAGACAUCCCCACCUCGCCCACACGUCAUCCUUGUGUUGGCCACGUGUGUGUGUGUGUGUGUGUGUGUGCAGAUGAAGAUGAGCCCAGUGGCCUGGAGGCCGUGGAGGAGUCAUCGAGUCCCACAGAGAGGAGGCUGGGCAAGGACAAGUGGUAUGAGAUCAAGGACAAGCUCAAGACGAAGUGGAACAAAAUCAAGCGGAAGAUCAAGGACAAGUGGUAUGGGGGCGGUGGCUACUAUUAGACGCACCACAGCACACAUAGUGUGUGUGGUUGGGUGCGUGUGUGGACACCCACAUGGUAUAAGUGUACAUAUCUUUGUUGAUGGCUGUGUAAAAGGGGCUCGUGCGUCUUUGUUUAAGCACGAGCACCGUACCGUCCGUGUGGAGCUGUGGGUGACAUCAAGUGGGUGGCUGGUGUGUGUUUGCGUCAAGUGAGUGGAUGGAUGGUCCAUCCCAUCCAGGUGUCGAUUGUGCACACACUGCAGUGUACAUAUCUGCUCGUUCUUUGUAAGAGAGACAAGGGGUUCAGUACCGUACAAAAAGCGAGAGGGUGUGGUGUGGUUGAUUCUGGCAGUAUGUUCUGUCUGUCUAAGUGUCUGUCUGUGUGCCUGUCUGCCAUGAUUGAUGCGACCCGUGUAGCCGCGUGGGUGAGUGGGCAAGUCUUUUCCCCGCGUUUUCUUUGCUCCAUUGUUCCAUGUAUGUGUGUAUCGUACAGCACAGCACAAGCACGCUCUCUCUGCUUGGCGCCUUGAUUCGUGUGCAGCAUCCUUUGACCAGUGAGUGGGACGCACUACUGAAUGCAUGUGUGUGUUUGGAAAGAUGAGAUGAGAUGAGCUACGUGGAAGGGCCACA